CAGACUUCGACUUCUCUGAACGACGAAUUGAGCUGUGUUGUUUGAACAUAUUCAAGGCGAGAUGAAGUGAAAGCUAUAGCGGUAUUAAGGUAGGUGGAUCGUGCAAAACUGAUGCCUUUGCUGUAAAUCCAUAAUGUAUCGGUAAACUUGAAGCUAAUCCAACGAUUCGCAUCAACAUGUUUCCCUUGGCUCUUAGAUUACGUAGCGCAGUUAGAAUUAGUUUCAUAGGGAGAGAACUUUUAGCACGAGUGCCAAUAAGACCAUGCAACAUUUACUUUGAUUUUGAUUUUAUUGAUUGAUAACGAAAAUCGUAGGAUUUUACGCCGGAAAGCUACAUCAACUUUGCUUUUACCUUUAUCUACGCUCCAAACUAAGAUACAGCCGCCAAUAAAUGGCCCCAGGCGCAUAUAAUGUAUAAUUCCAAAGGAUUUUGUCGGUUUCUGGAAAAAAACAAUAUCUCUAACACCGUUUGUAAACUAAGUUUGAACACAUGUUAUUAAUAUAUCAGGUAAUUUUCUCUGUGACUACGAUCUUAACAAAUAUUUUUAAAUAACUGGAUUUGUAUAGGUAAUAGCAUGACUCGUAGUGAUAUUUGGCAUAAAUACCACGAGUGUAGUAGUAUUUAUGCCAAAUAUCACGAACAGAUCAUGCUAUUAUUUGUUUAUACUACUACCCACAAUAGUUUUGUAAUUUUCACAUGUAGAUGUUUCAAAUUAAGCUGAAAUACCACUGCUCUAAGCCAAUCAAAUUGCAAAAAUUUCUCAUGUAGUAGUAUGAACACAGAAACUGUGUUGAUACUGUACUGAUUUCUCGGGGCUACAGUUAUACCGUCAGACAGUAACCUAAGGUUUUCCACUUGUUUAUGCCAAGAGAAUAAUUAAUAAGUAGCCGCCCACCCUGGGGGGUGGCUCCCAUUUAACAGGACUGGGAGGUUCCUCGGAAUAUCGAAAUUAACCCGUAAAGGAGAGAUUCUGGGAAUGGCUCAAGCCUUAUUUCACCCGCAAGAUUUACCCUUCUAAAACGUACAGACAGUCAAAUAAGAGCUCUGGGUAUUUCAAUUGCGAUUAGGAACUGGUUUUCGUUGAAUGCUUUCUUCUUUCUUCUUUUCGUCUUCUACGUUCCUAAAAUUUCGUCACGCAUGAUUAAAGCUAAUACAAGUCUCCUAUGCAGCUGUUUUUGGUUACGAUAUGAAGGACAUCUGCCAAGCGAUAGCUGUAUGGGUAAAAAUAUUGGCUUUCCUUUCUGAAAACGUUAAGAGAUACACAAAAAUCUGCAUUCCUGAAUCACCUCCCUUGAUUAAACAAGAGCAUCUCCAGCCCUUUCAGGGAGCUGUAAUCUUGCCAUUGAUGAAAGCUAGCCUGAAGAUUUCUAAUGUGUAGUUUAAUGACCACACUUGCUCAAAAAAGGAUAAGAACGAAAAAUAAGCUUACAUUAUUUCUAAAAGAUCAUGAUCUUGCCAAUCAAAAACAACUGGGUCUCGAUCGAAAACAGUGUCUUGUCAGUAACAAUAAUAAGUUCCAUAAGAUUAUAAUUAACUGACAAAGAACUCUCUGCUUUGGCUCAAAUCCAUCAUGCUUGGAGUUACCCAGUACAGUCAACUAUAGGAUAAGUAGAUACAAAGGCUGAAAUUGUCUGGAUUUCGAUGGUGCAGUGAGAAAUCAUGCCUUGUCCUUAUCCUGGGUACUUUCCAUCAUAGCCUAUACGGGUAGUCUCCGCCCAAAAGGGCCACUUUUUUCAAACUCAAGGUGUAUGAAAGGGACCUAGUGGGUAGGGAAGUUUGUCAUUGUAGUCUGUAAAAAGUCCCAAAAGGGCUAAUAGAUCCGUUAAAUGGCUGAGAAAAAGUCGAUACUUGUAACGUUCUGGGUUUGUGAUUUAUUUAUGCUUAAGAAACGGUCCAGAUAAGAACGAUAGCAACAACGGCAACGAACAUGUUGGAAUGCAAAAAAGGUGCUAGCUUUUCUAUUGUCUGUACUUACUUCUGAUUGGUUUAAACAGCAAAAGUUAACAAAACUUCAUAAAGCGGUACAUAUAUUCAUCCUUACUUUCCAACCAUCUUCCAUAUAACAAAAUCUGGUCUCGGUUUGAAUAACAAAGAAAUCCUAUGUGGGGAACAUGUAAAAUUGUAAACUUUUCUUGGCUAUUGUUUUCAACUCUUGUGAUUGGUCAAAAUCUUUUAACACACAAAAAAACCCUUUCAAAGUGGAGUGUAAAUGCAUUUAUCGCGUAAACGGCCUUCAUGUAGGUUUAUGCGUUAUCUGUGUAAAAAUGAGAACAUUCCUAUGUGGGGAAAGCACCGCUGCCGCAUAACAAAAGAAAUUGCUAUCCACCUUUCCCGGAUCAUUACUUUAAAGCCAAUGCAUUUACAGCAGUCAAAAGCGAUGCAAAGGCCUAAAGUAGGAAUGUGAAAGGGGUACCAUUUGUCAAUAGAAGCUAAACCAAACGGUUAUCGUUUGUGUCAAAAAUCAUAUAUAAAAGGGUAAGGAGUCGGAUUUCGGGCACCCCCCGGUUCAGUAUCGUACAUGGAAGGGCACUUUACAGUAUAUAUAGCUACUUCUAUUUCAUCAAAAUGUUCCCAAAUUCAGCCCUGAAGCAGGCAUAGAACGACAAACGUUACAGACGUUUGUGAGGUUUUGUACCAUUUUAUGACACUGACAACAGUGUUAGGACCAAAGUUUAAGGGAUUCACAGCUAAGCUCAUGACUUUGAAGUCUUGUCUCGAAGGGAACGGCAUCUGACACGCAAAACCGCACCUUUUCCAUUUUUUUUAACUUGCCCGUAAUUGUUAUUAUACAAUUCGUACAUCAGUAAGUACGGUUAUACAGUGGCGAUGAGCUUUUCAGGGACAAUACCCUUUUCGUUAAUUGAUUAAUCAAUUAAUAAUUUAUAUUUUCCAUCAUCUAAAAGUUAAAUUAAAAAUAUUUCCUAUAAUUUUGGAAAACAUAAGAAGUAAUACAUUGAUUUAAUUGUAGCUGUCUACACUGUUAGAAAUAUGCAACACGUUUACGGCUAAAAAUUAAAUUUUUUUUUGAAAGUCUUCUGGUAAAUGAUUUCAUAUUUAUUAUAACUUCAACCUCGUACAGAACUGUUGGGACAGUUCCAUCUAUUUUCUAACUUUUGUGCUUCCACCAUUUCUUCCAAAGCGAAAACCUAAGUCCCUCCCUAUCAGUCCCCCUGAUCAAUGCUGCUUUGGUCUAACGACCAACGGAUAAAAUUCUCGUGUUCAGGGGGAAAACGGUCAUUCGUUUAGCGAUGGUUUCCAUUUUUGCGAGAAUGACAGGAAAAAAUUUGUGAUGUGUAUCAACACCCUUUGUCCCAAGUUUUACCUAUCAGUGAUGCAUGCUUGGCUCACAUAAGCAGCAUCAUCUCCUUUAUAACAGUGAGACAUAUACCCCACCCAUUUGGAUGGUUUGAGCGGGGGAGAAUUGCCUUAUCUGAUUUCUUAUCCACAAUUUAUCCGUUUUAGUGGUUUACUGAAAACAAGGUAGAGAAAACUGGUAGUGUAUUACAUCAUCCGAGAGACUGUGAUGAUAUAAGCUCAAGUGUUUGUAAAAUAUUCAGUUAAAAUGCAAAUAUUGCUACAACAACAACACACAAAAUGCCGAAAAUUAAAAAGGGUUUUAAUUUCCUUUAUACACUGCCUUUAGUUGAUACAGCGUAAGAGAACAUUAACUAGCCAUACCCUUUAGUUCGUUAAUUUAGCAUACAACGUUAUACUUCUCGUUUUUCUGAUUCUUCUUCGCUUUUUUUAGCAUUAUGAGUAAUAUUUUUCCAAAAAAAUAAUAAAAGAAAUUAAAAUUUUGUCAUGAAUUGUCAUGACUCCAUACUGUGCACUGUACGGGCUUGUUAAUUUUACUGGAGAAAUGAGCGUGAUGUUCACUGCGAUUAUUCGAGUGAGCCUCCAUUGAAAGUGAUUAUUUUACUUCAAAAUACUUUUUUGUUUCAUUUUCAUUUUUGCCGAAACGGAUCAUCACGAGAUGUCGAAGUUUUAAGUUUUUGUCUGAUGUGACUAUACGUUAUAAAACUUAUUUGUCCUUCAGUCGCUAAAAGGCAUUGUUUCAACUUUAAAGCAUUUGGCGGAGAAAUGCCUAGCUUUAUUCAAAUCGCCUCCACUUUUACCAAACAUUUUCUAACUAAUUUUUUUAGCUGAUCAAAGUAAAUUAAUACAGUAUAUACCAUGUUUUGUUUCAGCUUUAUUUCCGUACGCGUCUUGCUUUUCAAUCACAAUAUCAGCCACCUAAGCCAUAGUUAUGCAGUAAUGUUAUCAUAUUGACAUCUUUGGUGCAAUUAGGGACUUUAAGAUCCAACGACGCGGACGGUAACGAGAACGUAAAAAAAAAACAAUACUCUGAUUAGCAAAACAACAACUUGCACGUGCGCCAUGCUUUUUUGUACAUUUCUCUGCCCGUUUUUGCACGACUACGACGUGAACAUGCCCAAUUUCGCGUUUUACGGAGGACGUAAACAAGCAACGACGAAAUUUUAUUUCUCUUACUGUACUUGGAUAUGGUGCCUAAGAAUUCAACUCCAGGAGGGUUCGCCUACAUUUGACAAAGUAAGUGGGUAGGAAUAAUUGCAACAUAGACUGAAAGAACGCAACUUCACUUUUCAAGCGACGUUCUCGUUGUCGUCGUGUCGUUGGAUCUUAAAGUCCCUGUUACGUAACAUGGGGAAGGACUCCUUAAGAACUAGAGGUUGUUUGGGGGAUGCCAGAAUUGUAAUUAAAUGGCAGACAGGUGAUUUACACAUUUUUUUUUUUAAAUGCACCCUACUGGAAAGAAGUCUUUUCAUACUUUCCUCAGAAGCUUUCUUUGGGAAUGCAAAUACAUAACAUCCCAGAUAUUUUGCUAAUUUAAGCUAAUUUCUAUGGAAGAUUUUACACAGUUUUCACAGACUACAACUCCCACACAAAAUCAACGAAAUACUUUUCUCCACUUUUUCCUACUGGUUAAUGGAACUUACAGCAUUAUAUAUAUUGUACCUUUUUUGCGGUAAAAUAAGUAAUUAAAAUCCUUAAAUCAGUUCGUGAACAUGGAUGCGAAAGUCAUGUAGAUUUACGAACAAAACCAGUAUGGAUUUUACAUGGAGUACCACAUAUGGAGUGUUGCGGUACCCCACAGCUAACCUAACGAGAUAACAUGUACUAUUUCAUGACGAAAUCACAAAGGCACUGAGAGCAAUAUCAAUCAAAUUAUGACUAGCCUUUCUUAUUCCGACUACGUUGAUUGGAUGCAAGCUCUGUGUUAUUUGAUUGCUUGUUCCAAAAGUGCUUUCACAAGUCCAUAUGUAACCAAACGCGAAAACGCUAAUAUAUUCCAAAGUUAUCGUAUCGAGCCCGGGAGUUUACAGGGCUGAAAAUUGGACAACAACAGCGGCAAGGACUCCAUUGCUAAGUGACAGGUCCCCAUAUGUGAUUUUGUAUUUUGCACGCGUUUAAGAAAAGGUAAAUUAACAUCUUUAUUUCACCAUAUGAAUUUAUCUUGUCUCGUAGCUUGCCUCAGCUCAAACAAGUAAGAGUGGAUUGACCUGUAAUUCAACGCAAAACCUGAACCAUUAUCGUAUUAGAAACCCUUUUUAGUACUCGGCACCUGGUUAAAACUGAAUGAGCGCAUCUGUGAAAUUUUGAAUACAAUAUAUUGUUUAUCUAUUUAUUACUUUUUUCCUGCUAAAAUCGCUUAUAAAUACGGUAUACAGCUCUCUUUCAUUUACUGUGAUUAAUCGAGAAUUAAUAUAUUUGUUCUUGGUGUUAUAUUCGCAGGUUACUCGAUACUUGAGUGUUCUGAAGCCAAGUGAUCCCGACUCCAAAAAAAACUAGGUGUUUUCAAAGAAAGGCUGCAGUCGUUUGAAUUACUACUAUUGAGAAAAAGGUAAAGUCUUUUCGAAAGAAGCACCAAGUUAAAACAUUUUAAACGCCCGGCAAAAAAACUCCUUUUUCUCAUAAGCGCCUACUGCACUGAAGAUCUUCAAGCCAAUUGUAUUUUCUAGUCUUUGUCUUACUUUACCAAUGACCAUAUUUAGUCCUCACUUUUUUUUUUUUUUUGACGCUCGAACGCAUACCUAUGUACCGCUCAUUCCCUAAAAACUCAUGCAUGGUUCGGUUUAUUUGCUAGGUAUAUAUUUUUUAUUUUUAUGUUUAAGAUUCUCAAAAGUAUGUCAAGUUCUCAAAAAAUGAAGAACCCAUAUUUAUGCAUCAGUAGGUCAUAUAAAUUCGUAGGUGAUUAUAUUCGCCAUGAAGAAACGAUUAGUUCACUUGAAAAUCUACUGUGUGCUAAUUUCGUAAUUCAUCAUACUGGCUCUUCACCAUUUCUUAUCAAGUAAAUAAUUUGUUGAUAUGUCCUCACACAUUUCAUUUUGCGGUUAUCUUAACAUCAUGUACCUUCUACAUUUUCGAGACCCCAAGACAGACAUAGAAGAGGGUCUGAAUGGGCGGGUCCACUUGUCGGUUGUCGGUUAAAAUUAGUUACUUUGUCGGUAGUCGGUUAAAAUUUUCGAUCUUUGUCGGUUGUCGGUUAAUCUCAGUUAAUAAGUAAAAAUGCAUGUUAAUUAUUAAUAUUUGUUAUGUGUUUCAAUCAGUUUAAAGACUUUGAUCCCUAUAAAACAGGUAAAACUUGUAAAAAUGCAUCAUUAGAUUGAACUUAAACUUCAUUAUGCAACAUGAUAGUGUAUUUUACCAAAGCUUUUAUUGCAAAUGCGAAUUUGGUUUCGCUGUUGAUUACAGGGCACCAUAAAAAGUAAUGAAGAGAGGUUAAUUGGACACAGAGGGAAACGCCCAGUCUAACCUUUUGGAUACAUAAAUUAUUUUUGGUGAAAAACUGCAAGGGGUGACAGGUUGCACAUCUAUACCGGCGUAAAAGACCUUUAAUAUUUUGGCUCUAACAAGCAUGUUCUUUGCCAUGGUUUUCCUUUCUUUUAGGAAAUAAGGGGUGGUUCUUUAAAAAAUUAGCCAAGUAGCGGUUGGUUUUGUAUGACAUUCCACUUUUCCAUUAAAGCUUCUUUUACGACCACAAGUGAGUUGCAGAGUGCUGCGCAAGCGCGACCAGUAAAUUCCGUCGUCGUAGUGUCGUCGACGACGCCAAACAAAGUACAAUCACCUCGUCCUGCAAUCCACAAGCUUCAGCAGGUAUAAUGCACCUAUCAAUGUAAUGCCGGCGGGGAGGGAGGCGGAGAGUAGGGUGGAGAUUUGACUUUUUUCAAAAAUUUGCAAUCAAAUUCCCUGCCCGCGGGCAAAUCAUUCCAGUCAAAUGCAACCAAAUUUCCCCACCCUAGGCUGCACAUUGCUGUCAAUUCCAAGGCAGAACCCAAGAAAGGCACAAUAAAAAUAUCUCCAAAUAAAACUCUGCAAUCUUCUAUAAACGUUGCUGCAUCACCAAAGAUACAUGUUCCUGUUACAGCUGCAAUUAUACGUUUUUUAAAAUCAUAAUCCGUGUCACACUGCGUAGAAUACAUAAACCUUUACGAGAAAGUCCACAUUUUGUAAGUUUAAAUACACCUUUCUUAGUAAAGGGUACAAAAAAAGUCAGUUUCGUAAGUUUACACUGAUUGUAGCGAAUGAGCCUUACACUAAUCAAUUGUACUUGCAAAAAUCGACUUGGUUUCUCUUUACUUUCGUUUACUUUGAUACCACAGUAUUUUAAGAGGUUCAAUUGAUCAAAAACACGCUAAAACAAACGAAAUUUGAAGACGAAACAGUGAAAUUCACUCAGCCUUCGCUUGUUCUCAUUGGCUUCCAUGACUUCCUGAUCUUUCAAACCGUACGGCGCAUGCGUGAAGCGUGGAAGUGGGAAACAGAUGUUCCGUCGCAGUCUUUUUCGCCCAAGUCGGUAGCCAAAUAUCUCCACGUCGGGCGAAGAAAGAUUCAAAUUUCCCAUCCCCUGGGAGAACAACAUCAGUCAAAUGCCCUACCUCAGGGCCAACAAAGACAAUCAAAUCCCCACCCCCUCCCCUGCCUCCCCCCCCCCCCCCCGCCGGCUUUACAUUGAUAGGUGCAUAAAUCCACUGUUUUAAGCGAUUUUUGAAGUCCUUUGUUUUUUCUUAUCCUCGUAAAUCCAGGUAUCGUUCCUUUUUUCUCGUAACAGGCGAUGUUGAUUGAAAAUUCGACUAAAAGUGCACUGUGAAAGGUUUGAAUCCAGGAGUCAUUUCAAAAGUAGGUUGACUGUUUGAUUGUCCGGGUGAACGUAGUCCUGAAUAGGAAUGUUGUUGUUGACAGUGACUGAGGUUUCGACAACCUGUGCGGUAGUCAUCUUCAGAGUCAAAGUGAGUUGUACUACGUCGGUUGAUCUUAUUAUACUCUGGUUAUUGAUCUGAUUGGUCAAUUACGUCGUGACGUUAUUGGUCGUCUGUCAGUUAAGCCGUGAUGUUGUUGGCUAUGAAGACUAAAAGUAUACUAUAAUGAAUUGUUUUUACUUCGAAGAAUGACAACAGCUGUGGAGGCCGAGGGAGCGAACUCGUAAGUGAGAAAUUUAUUUGUACGUAUUUAGGUAAGGCAAAUCAUAUAUCUUUAAAAUAGAGGAAAUAAACUUUAUAUGGAAAACAGCUAUUACAUCAGAAUGUCUCUUUUUGCAAAUCUAAACUCUGACAGACACUCGGACUCGGUCAUCUCAUUCAGGUUGAAAGUUGAAUAAUCUUUGUGCGGAAAGCAGGUGUUUUUCCACUCGAAAAGGUCAGACAACACAAAAAAUUCUCCAUCGUCAAUGAAACUAGACGUACGGCUUAAAAAUUGGAUCUUGCAUUGUUUUAAAAGACGCCAUUGCGAAAAACUUUGUUGCGAACGAACAUCACAGUUUUACAUUUGUGUUUACAUUCAGUGUCGUCGUCGUCGACCUACCGACCGAUUGCAUCUUAAGUUUCCUUUUUCCUGCCGAAACUGACGUUCUCGUUCCAGUCUUUUCCCAGUCAACAGAUGUCGUCGUCGUGAACUUCGUCGUGGUUCUUAAGUUCCCUAUUGUGUCAAGAAAGGCAGCAUUUCUUUUCCUUCCCUGCUCGGUUUUGUUUCAGGAGCGCGGACUUCAGUUUCUGUGAGUUUCAUUUAUUUCUGAUUGCAAUUUGUCUUUCAAAUUGUGUUGAUAGCCUCUGUCCAUCAUCCACCAUCAAGCGUUCUUUUGAAUUUUGAAACACUUUCCUCAAUUUCUUUUGACAAAUCGGUGGGUGACAAGCCGCAAAAUGUGUGCUGGAAGGUUUCCGUAGUCUUUACAUCAAGGAUAACUGUGUCUAAAAAAAUUGUCUCAGUGAAUCUCGGUGGUGAAUUUAAUAGUAGGAUCAUGCAAGUUUGCUUCUUCGAAGAAAGUUACGAUGUCUGGUUUAAAGACGGUUUAGCUGCUUAGACUUUGUGUUUCAAUAUAUGACAUGAAAAUGUUGGCAGAGGAAACUGCUGUCUUUGUGCCCAUCGCAGUACGGUGGGUUUGGAGGUAGAGCUUUCCAUUGAACGGGAAACAAUUUUCUUUGAGGAUUAAUUUAAGCAUCUGUCGCAAAUAAUGUUUAGGACUAGGCGGGUUAUAGACAUUUUUGGCAUACGCUCUGCAAACCGAUUUCAAUAUCCUCGUUUUGCAGGACUGACUUGUAAAAAGACUUGUGACGUGGUAUCUUUGGUUAUUUCCUAAAAAGGUAGGAAAAAUACAAUAUACUCUUCUUUCUGAAAAAAAAUAUAGAUAAUGUCGGUCCAUGUCGGUAGUCGGUUAAAAAUCUUCCUGUCGGUAGUCGGUAAUUUUUUUCGCGUUUUGUCGGUAGUCGGUAAUAUUUUUUGCCCUUUGUCGCUAGUCGGUUAACCCUAUUCACACCCUCAUAGAAAAGUUGUAUUUUACCUCAAUGCCUGAUUUGUUGAGCCGCGACGGAGCCUGGGCUCUGAAUCAAAGUUUAAGCACCAUCACGAGAAGCCCGCGGAAACGGGACGAGAAGUAAUGUACGUCUUCUCUGUUUUAGCCCUUGGUUUACUCCGGCACCGUUCUUUAAAUUGCAUCAAGAUGCCUAAAAGAUCCAUACAUGAAAUAAUAAAAACCCUCUCCCUUAAAUAAAAGAAUGAAAGAAAAAUUAUUCGACCACCAUAAAUUCGAAGUUGUAAAUCACCCAUUUGGUUCACUUGAGUCAUCGAGACUUUGUUAAAAUUCAAAACGUUGGGCCCUCGAAGAUCUUCACUCACAGCUCAACUCUAAUUAAUGAAAGAUGAGUGAAAGGCAGAAAUUUUCGAUUGACUUUCUCGGCUAGCUGUUAUGUAAAGUCGUUGAUUUAUUACCAUUCAGACUAUCGAUGCUUAAUGGUAGCUAUAGUCAUAAUUGCAACGGGGUAAUCAUUUGGCGGGAUGCCUGUGAGUUGUCUUCUCUUAAUAAUCUCUUCGCAAAAUAAAGCAAGGCGGCUAUACAUGUUCUUAAAUCUCAUCUCAAGUCAUACAAAGUUUGCUAACAUUCAAAGGCAAGAGGUUCACCGCCAGUCUUAAAAAUACUGUUUUCAUUACUGAUGCGGUUGAGACUAUUAUCAACACGACUAAUCAAAACCUGAACUACAGUGUUACAUUAGACAUUAUAUCAUAAAGGUAAAAUUUGCAAAAUUUUGUAACAUUUAACGUGCGUAGCCAUUAAUGCAUUAGUAGAAAUCAACCUUUAAGUACUGUUGGCAGGCAUUUACUGUUAGGUUUGCCGCUAAAAAUAUGUAAAACAAAAUAUAUAUUGUUCCAAUAGUUGAAACCCCCGUGGUGUAGUGGUGCAGGCGAUGGAUUUCGGAGCUAACACUUCGGGGUUUGACGCUUGCUUAUGCUACUUAAUUUAGCUUCCUCUCUUAUACGUAUUUAUUUGGAAUCGAAUGCUGUUAUUCUAUAUAACGUUUGGCGACCGCAACCCCCACUUCCAUCAGCAGGAAGACAGGACAGUGGUUUCACUUUCUUCAAUGCAGGGGGUGUUCGCCGAGUCUUUGCUUCGUAAACAGGCAUGGAGGAACUGUAAGAAGGGUAGGGUGGGUUGCCUUCACCAAAACAUAUUCACGAGGAAAGUGACUGAAAUCGCAUAUAUUGCAAUAAUCAUUCACAUCCUGCGUCCCCCGCUUCCCCCGCGUCCCUGUAUUUGACGUCCCGCGUCCCCGUUCCACACAUCCCCGCGUUCCAUACUUGAUGUCCCCAAGUCUCUCGUCCCGCGUCCCCGAGUCACAAGUCCCCACACACGCGUCCCAAUGUCCCCUUCCCCUUGUCCCCGUCCCAGUUUUAUACACUGCCCAAAGGAAGUCAUCUUUACCUCACUGCUAAUUAACCUGUUAGUUUACCUGUCACAUAUUGGGUUACAUUUUAAAUAUUCUGUAUAUUAACUUAACAUAAGAGUUUUAUUUUAGUUUAUAUCGGUGAAAAGGAAAUUAUAAGGUUUCCAUUUUGGCUAUUUAUGGUCCAGAGCAGUGAAAUGGCUCUUCGAUGAGCUUGUUUGGUGAAACAAACAGAUUCUCUUGUUCAUAAUAAGGCCAUGCUUAGCCCGUGAUAGUGAGAAUUUUCUCAGAAUUAUAGCAGUUAAAUUGUAGGCAUAAAAAAGUAACAAAAUAGUGUAAAGUUUUGUUAUUGUUACAGGGCAAUUUUGAUGCCCAACUUGUAUAAUAUAUUAUCAAUGUUUGCAGCUGCAGUUUGCUUAGAAUCAACACGAUCGCAUGCGUAUACCCUGGGUAGCUAUAAUAGGCACUAGGAACAGUCAGCAAGAACUUUCCGUAUAUUAAUAUUGUAGCAUGAUGUAUUUACUUGUGAAACUUACGUGAGUAUUUUCUUCUUUGGUCGAACCUAGAAAUCUCCAUUUUAUUUUGCUUUUUUCUUUAACAGAGGCCGUUUUGAUCCUAAACUUGUUUCAUAUAUUACACUCUUACUCUACUGCCAUCUCGGAUAGGAAACAAUAUGGCUGCGGGCAUGUGGCUUGUGUACGUUAUCUUUCAUAGAUAACGAACCGACAACAUUCUGUAUCAACUCAAUAUGUUUUUUCAGGAAGGAAGUUAUAUUUUUAGUGAGCAUCUUCAUCCAAAUUUCCACCAAAAAAUGGUCUUUUUAUUAUCUGUUGUUUCCUUAUGACUUAAUUUUUAUUUGUCGAUUUUCUUGAAGUAACCGUUAUUGUACAUAACACUACUGUCAUGUAAGGAGCUUAAUCGCGAGCAAUUACCAAAUAAAGGACGCUUGGUACAAGCUUGGGAAGUAAACCAAUUCACACCCUCAUGUUAAGCCAUCUUUAUGACCAAUAAGCUUGCGAUGUGGCAAAUUGUGUUUAAUUUCCCAGCACGCACAUUUACAUAUUUUCCCAGCUGCUGGAAGUUAUACUGUCAACGAAAAAUAAGCGUUUAUGCUGACGACCGAGACCUACAAAUCAACCAACAAAUUUUUAAAGAUGAGCUGAUUUUAAAACUCGACACUCAAAGUAAGUAAAAUUAUAACAGUCGGUUAACUGACAAAUCAAAACGAAGACAGUGCUUAAUUAUUUUGGGCAGAAGGACCCAGAACAUGUUUAGGUAUAGUCGUAUUAAGAUUCAAUAACAAUUCCCAGAUCAGUUUAAAAGCUUUUUCUCAGUUCAUUUGCCUAAAUCAGCCUGCUAGUUCUUUCCAUUGCAGUACGAUUUUCUUCGGCUUUCUCAGCAUUUUAGUUUUAUAAUCCUCACCGCCAACCACGUACUUGGUUAUUUUACCAGUGUAACAAAAACAGUGAUCUCUAACGCUGUUGAGUGGUUUCCGGAUUCAGGCAUUUUUAAAGUCCCAACAAAAGUCGGUCGUUAGUGUUCCUCCAUAGAUACAGCCAAGACUCGUGUAGUUCACAGUGUUUAAAUGGAAGAAAUUCCUGAAGUGUAAUUGGCAGUUGUUAAUCGUACACGGGCCUCUACAAGUAUUUGCAUUUGUACAAAACCAUUCCGUAAUUAGUACAGGCGAAGACUAUACUGGGCCAAUACAGAAAAAAAAAACUCGGCGCCGGACAACAAGAAUAAUUUUUUUCUUUUUGUAUGUUUUCUUAGUAUUCUUUGGCGCACGUUAACGUUGGAAACUUUGGCAAGCAAAAUGAUGAAAAACUGUUUUUGUAACCGGUGGCAAUUUUAAGUAAAAGUAAGCACUCUGCAUGACAACUUUUUUUUUUAAGGUAUCCAUAUCCGAAAAUAAUUUACAACCCAGUAUAAAGAAAUUGCCCACUGAAAGAAAAAUAACGACAAAUAAACAUCAGCACUGUGGCACUAUUUCCUUGUUUAGCUGUUUUGUUGUUUUCUCUUCCCUAUUUAAGUCUGGAUGAAUUUUUCAUGACUAUUCUUGUUAUACAAGUUUGGAUAAUCCGAUCUUCUUACAUAUCUAUUUAUUUCUGUAUUUAUUCACGGGGAAUUGUCGUUUGCUAAAAUUUGAACAGCGUAAACUCAUUUCACUUGAAUUCAAUAGAAUCGUCACAGCCCAGGGCUAUAGAAAUACUGCUUGCAAACAAAGCAGGAACUAAGACAAUUUGAUUGAAAAGCAUAUAAAUCAAUUAACUGUUUUUGCCCUCGGAAAUUACCCGCAGUGUAAUCGGGAGAUCGCUAAAUGAAUUUCAAAAUCACCGAAUAGUUCAAAACAGUUUCACCAGAAAUUAAGGCUGAUUUUACGAUUUGUCGUAAGUUCCAACAAAAGGUGCAUAUUAACAUCAACCGUGGCAGCUAAUUUGUUUAAAACCGACCUGUUUAUAGGAAGGAUUUUCACCUGGUAAAGCCUUCCGAUGUUGUAAUCAGCUGAAUGUACCUGAGUACAGCAGGCAAAAGACACUUUUCAGAUAUAAUUGAAACAAGUCGUAGUAUUUUGAUUGAAGUUUACUUCUUGUUACACCUCAUGAAUGAAGCGAAAUCAAAAGUAACGCCAAAGGCGCUGGAGAACAAUUUUAAAAGAAAUUUGUAAAUUUUUGGUAAUGCAGCUGUCUGGGCACACAAACUAUGAAAAAUGUUUAUCUAUUUUCGAUGAGUUAGCGGCGGAAAACUGCUGCACCUAACAGCCUAAUAAUAAAGGAAAUAUUGUGCGGUACAUUUUCACACGUUUUAGAUUGCUUUCUGUAAUCAGUUUUCGAUUCUUUUGAAUGAUUAAUUCAAUCAUUUUAACUUGUUCAUUCUGCUCAAUUUCAAAAUCAUUGCGGUUUUAUCAUUCAAAAUAGCCAUUUUCUGUGUAUUACCUCUGUUUAAAUUAACAUCAGCACAAGAACCUUUACAAAAACAUGAUUAUAUAUCAUAUUAAUUCUACUCUACCAAUGCCAUAGGAAAGACAACGUUUUCCAAAAAGGUAUUAUGAAAAACUCUAUUUUCGGCCAUUGCGGGAUUACAUAAAAAGUUUUACUGUUGUUGUUUCUUUUAUCCUCUUUUAUUUCAGUUCAGGUUUUAACUUACCGCCUAAGGAUGUUAUAAAAUAGUAUUUCCAGACCCUAAUAUAAUUAUAUUCCAUUAAUUACGCUCAGGCGUUCUUAUUGGGCGUGUUUCAUUCGGUCAAUUCUCGCUAAUUUUACAAAGUGUCACAAAAUUGGUCUAAUACUACAAUCUCGAAACAUUUGGCUACAAGGACCCGAUACUGCCAUCUGAUCAAUAUUUCAAAGGUCUCAUAUCACUGGUUAAGGAUUUAAAAGCUGCCAAAAAAUUCAUUCUUACUCUUAGAAUUUUAAUAUUACAAUCGCUGAUCUUCCAUAAGCCAAGUUAUGCUCAUAACUAAUCCCAUGUUGUUAUUCAGUUAGAGAAAAAGAGAAACACCGCCGAAAAGUAGUUUUGCUUCUAGAUAAAAGAAUUUCCAUAAUUCAUAAAUGCGACUGAUUUAAUUCUGCAAACAUUGACACAUCGAAUUCUUAGCAAUGCUUUAUUUGAACAUGGCAUCCUCGAUGUUUACUAACAAAAAAGCCACGACCGUGGAAGAAUAACAGCAAAAACAUUCCAGCUUAGCAUUCUGCAGAGGGUUAUUUCAUGAGCGUGUCUGACUAAACUGCGCGUUUCUCUUUUAAAUAAAUUACACCGGCUUAGAGUUUUCAAGAAGUAUACUAAUUGCAAGUCUUUUCGGAACCUUCAACAUAAGCACCGGAACCAAUUUACAAAGUCGACAAGUCAUUUUUUAUUCCUUUCCGCUUCGUACAGUUCUGCUAGCCCAUAUCAAACAAAAAACAAUUCUUUAUUUUCGUUAGCUUCCUACAUUUCUUGUCAAGAGUAUAUUUGGCAAACGGUGAGCACGUGAUUCGUUUUUUCGAGAGUCAAAACCCACUCGUGCGGUCGAUUGUGAUCACAUUUUUAAUAAGCCCCUUAAUAAGCUGCUGUCUUUCACUUUAAGACCAGAUUAAUGUAUGCGUUGAUCGUUAGUUAUUGAAAACAAAGCGUUUAGCAUGAGUUGCUCCGGAUUCUUUGAGCAGACGAGAAAGAUUCGGAGGCGUUUAAUUCUCAGGCUCUUGGGUCAUUCACUGUAGAUCACUCUAUGAACCAAUGCGUUUCUGGGAACACUGGAAAACACCGUUUAAGAGGAAAAUUCUGCUCCUUAAAGGUAUUUCGAUGGUAUUUGUUUAGAAUUGUAAAGCAUCUGUCUGUUAAAAUGCAACGAACGUUUCCACCUAUACUGUACUGAGAAAACUACGCCUUGGUUUGUUAUGAGUAAAUGUUAAUGACACCGUUUCAAGGUAUUUUGCUUCCGAAACCACAAUCAAAGUAAGCUGUCAUGAAACUUUCCUUCAUCGAUAAAUCAUUUUUGUUGUCAGGCGUUUUCCUCCUUUGAAUGAUUUGUUGCCAAAAAGGUAAUUCCCGCGAUAAAAUAUUUCCUUGAAACAGCUGGGUUCUAGUGUAAGGUUAGUGUACUGAUAACUUCAGUUGACGUUAGGAGCAGAUUCAUUUCAGUGCACUUAACAGUUAGUCGGGUUUGGGCUUUGCUGACGAUCUGUCGUGCUUGUGAAGUUUACUUUAUUACGUUUGCUAUCAUCGUGAUUAAAUGUUGACGAUAUUUUGGUGCCAGUAAAGUAAACGAAAGCGGAACAGCUCCAAACACAACGACAGAAUUGUCAAAGAGCCUGUUUGUUCCCGAUCGCCUGAGUCAUGCGUGUCGGCAAAAAGAUCCCAAGUGCAGAUUGUUACUUUUUUCAUAUUAUUUUGACAAUAAAUACUUUUGCAUUCCUUCCUAUUUACAGAGACGCAAUUUGAACAGUGUUUAGUUCAAAGUAAAUAGAUAUAGAAGAUAUAAACUCCCUUGACAUGUUAUCUGCACAUUUGGGUCGAUGGUGUAAUUUUGAAGCAUAUUACUGAGUCACUUGGGCCUUCUAGUAUUUGCCAAGACUGCAGAUACCUGUCGUAAUUUUCAAUACUAUAUAGUAUUAGGUAAAAAAAAUUAACUAGACCCUUAAUUUGUUUGUAUAUAUAUAUUUUUUAUAUUUUAGUCUUCAAGAAUUUCACAAAGAUGAACAAUUCCACAGCCGAGCCAGUGGAUUCGGGCUUCACUUAUAACACCAGCGCAGGCAAUAUUACCGCAGCACUUUUCGUUGCCGUUUUAAUGCUGCUGACUUUGGUAGGAAAUGUCAUGGUAUGCGCCUGCUUUUAUUAUUACCACGACCUAAGAACAAUAUGCAAUUACUUCAUCAUCAGUUUAAGUGCGGCGGACAUCCUGGUAGCGCUACUAGCCAUGCCAUUCUGGCUGGUAUUACAGUUAACAGACAUGGAUGAGAAAUCCAAGGGUGUGUUUUCAGCGGAGCUGUACUUGUUCUGGGCCAUUAUAGACAUCUUGGUUGGUUCAGCCUCCAUUAUGAAUCUUGUUGCCGUAAGCUUUGACCGUCACCUGGCGAUAACAUCCCCUUUCUCCUACAACGAAGUAAUGACUUCCUCUAGAGCUACAGCCAUGAUAGUUGCUCUAUGGGUGUUCUCUCUGGUACUGUGUAGUCUUCGAGGUCUUCCAAUGGCCAGUACAAGAUCGUUCCUCCUUCCAUAUCAACUUGUCGUCGUUGCCGUCAGUUUUGUAGUUCCUCUGUUGCUCAUGACCGUUAUGUACAUGAAAAUUUACUUUGUGGCAAGGAAUCAAGCGCUCCGCAUAGGACGAAACUUCGCUAAAGACAUGAAGGCAACCAAGACUGUAGCCAUUGUUAUUGGCGCGUUUGUUGUUUGCUGGAUGCCUUUCUUCGUCAUUGUUACGAUAUACGCGUUUAAUCCUUUUUAUUACGUACCCAUUGACUUUUAUAAGGCAAUCAAGUGGAUGGAGUACCUGAACUCCUUCUUGAACCCAAUCAUUUACACAUGCUUAAACCGAACGUAUCGUCGAGCCUUCAAGAAACUUCUUAUUCGUUCCACCUGCUGUAAAAGGCUUGGCCCAGGUUCCGAACCUCUCAGUUGCGCUCACUCCACUCAGAUGUCAUUUCAUAAAACAAAAGGAGAGUCACUGUCACACAGUUCUUCUUCUAUUUCUGAGAAUGGAAAUGUUUGUCUUCACAGAAAAGACAGUGCAGAUAUUGGAAACAACACUCAUGCUUGUCGUGUCUGA